UCUAUAUCGUCAAGCCGACAAUCAUCACAUGUGUGUUUGAUUGGAUUUGGAUUCUAGUAGCUUUAAUGAAUUUCCAAAUGAUUUCGAACCAAAAAUGAAACAACAGUUUUUUAAUCGAAUUUUUGAACUAAAUUAUUUAUUGAUUAUCGCAUUUUUCACUAUAUUACAGAUAUCGAAUUUAACCAAUGCCGAUGAAGUGGUUGGUUGUGGUGGAUUUGUCGUCUCCAGUGUCAGUAUUAAUUAUGAACCAAUCAAAAUUAAAUUAUAUACUGAUCGCGGUAUCAUAAAAUAUAUAAGCGAUUGUGCACCCAACAAUGGCUAUUAUUUCAUUCCUCUAUAUGAUUUUGGUAAAUAUGUUUUACGUAUAACUCCUCCACAAGGAUGGAUAUUUGAGCCAAACGAAGUUGAAUUCAAUUUUGAUGGAAAAAAUGAUCUUUGUUCCAAACAGACAGAUAUAAAUUUUGUUUUUAAAGGCUUCACAAUUUUCGGCAAAGUUUUCAGUUUUAACUCUUUGGCUGGUCCAAAAGGUGUUCACAUUAUAUUGCGUUCCAAAGCAAACAAUAAUGUUAUCAAGCAAAAUGUCACUUUUGAGGAUGGACUUUACGAAUUUCAUGAAGUAUUACCAGGUCAAUAUUUGAUAGAAGCUUCACAUGAACGUUGGCAAUUUUUAAAAAAUACCGUGAUUGUCGAUGUUGUUGAUGAUAAUAUCGAUCAUCGUCAAGCAAGUGAACCUUCGGAUCAUCUUUGUUUGUUGGGUUAUUCGGUUGUCGGCAAAGUGGUGAGCGAAGGUCGGCCAAUUCGAGGUGUUCAGUUCGCUUUAUUCAGUGAAAAUCGAAAACCUUCAUUUUCAUUGGGAUGUCAAGAAACCAAACCCAAUUUUUUAUCUAAUUUAAAAGUUGAUUCGAAAUACCAUUAUUUAUGCUAUACUUUUUCAAAUGAAGAUGGACAAUUCAAGUUUGACUUUUUGCCAAAUGGAAAAUAUCUUGUUUAUAGUUUUUAUGAUGCUCAAAACAUUCGAUUUGAAGUGGUACCUUAUCAACAUGAAUUUGAAAUCAAUAAUAAUGAUCAAGAUGUUGGCGUUUUGUUUGAAAUUGGUGGAUUCACAGUAUUUGGUCAGGUUUUGAAUCAGCAAGAUCCAAACGAUAAAAUUAAAAAUGUUCGUAUCCAACUUAUCGAUGAAAAUAGACACUAUGAUGACAUCGAAGUUUCAGUCAAAGAAUCGAAUGGAAAAUUUUCUGUCAAUAAUAUUAAAACUUCAAACUAUGUGAUCAUAACUACAUCUGAUCGGUAUCGGUUUGAUGAUAUUAAAUUUUUAAUUUCUCCUAAUUCGCCUAAUAUUCCAGUGAUAACUCCUAGCAAGUAUGAAAUUUGUGGCAAAAUUAUUUUCAAAAAUCAUGAAUUUAAAGAUGAUACUAUGGAGUUGUUGAUAAUGGAAAAAGAAACGAAAACAUUGGUCGAAAGUGUUACCAUAGAUAACGAUGAAUUUUGUCUUUUCCUACCCAGUGGUAAUUAUUCAUUUCAAAUGAGCACUCAUCUCAAAUUUGUUCCAAAUACGAUGGAAAUUUUGGUUAAUAAACCUCGUUCGGAUAUUGUCUUCAAGCAGAUGACUAUCACAUUAAAUGGCCGAAUCAAAUUGAAAUCAGCAUUGUUGGAAGAUAACGAUUUUCUAUCAGUAAUUCUGUCCAAUGACAAAAUUGCUGCAAAGACAUUACUCAUCAAUGAGUUAGUCAAAAAAUCAACCAGAGAAUAUGAAUUUGUCUUUGAAGAUCUACUACCUGGUGAUUAUUUGGUUUCUUUGGGUGGCCGGCAAGUCAACUAUUUUUGUUGGAAAGAAAAUAUUAUUUCCGUAAAGUUAAAUGAAAAAAAUCCUGGUGAACUUAUAUUUGAACAAAAAGGAUUUCUAUUACAAAUCAUUUUGUCACAUAUUUCCGAUUUAACCUUAAUAAGUCCCAGUGGACAUUCAACAAAAAUUGCCAAAGAAUCAAUCGCUCACGAUCGAUUGAUAAAACAUUGUGUUGAAGAAACUGGUAAAUAUUCGAUCAUACCAAGUGGUUGCCAUAACUUUUUAUCAAGUCCGGAUUCGAAUAUUAUUUUUGAUGCUGAAACCAUGUCUGGACAAAUGAUACAGCUCACAGCUUUGCAACAUUUAGUAACCGCUAAGAUUACGACUACUACUAACAUUACUGAUUUACAAGUUUUUAUCAAUACCAAUUCGAUCGAUGGUGAACGCAACGAAACAUUACAGCUAAAUAAGGGCCACAAAAUUAAAACCAAUGUGUUUGAAUAUAAUUUUGAAUUCUAUGAAAAUCCCAUGUCAGAGAUUUAUAUUGAGCCACGAUCAUCACAAUUGAUUUUCAAACCUUCAUUUUAUCGAUUUCAAUUGAAAGAUGAUUGCCAUCUCAAUGAGAUAACGUUUAAUGGUCGUCCAGGUAUUUUUAUAAAUGGAAAAAUAAGCCAAAAAAUAUCCGAUGUUAAAAUUGUCAUUUAUGAUAAUGAAACAAAUCAAAUUCUGCAAACUAUUGAUACCGACAAUCAAGGUGAAUAUAAAGCUGGUCCUUUUGAUGAUGAAAUAGAUUUACGAAUCGAAGCAAUGAAAGAAGAUUUCGUUUUUAAAACAUUGCCGAAUAAAAAAGGCCAUUUCGAAGUUAAUAAACUUUCAUCGAUAAACACAGUGAUUGUAUAUGAAGAUGGAAAUCCUUUGAAUGAAGUAUUGGUCUCAUUAAGUGGGGGCGAAAAUAAUUUUCGGCGCAACAGUUUUGUUAAUACUGAAGGAAAAUUAUUGUUCGAUAAUUUACAUUCAGGAAAAUAUUUUAUUCGUUUUCUACGCAAAGAAUAUGAUUUUGAACCAUCAUCAAAAAUGUUCAAUAUCGAUAAUGGUGAUAAUGUUGUCAUUAAAGUGGUGGGGAAAAAAGUUGCAUUCAGCUGUAUUGGAAUAGUUGAUUCUCUUAAUGGCGAACCUGAACCAGAUAUUAUUGUCGAAGCAGUUGGCAUAAGAAAUAUUGUUGAAAAUAGCACUGUACAAUGUACACAACUACAAGAACAAUCAACAAGUGAAGUUGAUGGUUCGUUUAGAAUUCUUGGAUUACUACCGGAUUGUCAAUAUGUUAUUCGCUUGAAAGCUGAUCAUUUGAAGAAUAAAAAUAUUAGCAAAUCGAUCCCCAAAGCUCAUUCGGUUCGGGUACAAAAUCGUGAUCUAAGUGAUUUGCGAUUCAUUGUGAUUUAUAAAAGUUUACAAACAGAUUUAACCGUCGCGAUUCAAACGAACGAAGAAUAUUUGAAAACUAUUUCAAUUAAAUUGUUCCGUGCAAAUGAACCUAAUGCCAUGUUCCAGCAAACAUUACAUAAUUCAUUCGUAUUUUUACCAUCUGUUCCAUUGGACAAUGCUACAUAUCUGUUGAAAUUAGAUUCGAAUCUUGAUGAACGAACAUAUCAAUUUGAGCCAAUCAUCCAUUCGAUACAAGCGAAUCAAAGCUAUCUACACAUUCAUAUAGAUUUCCCUGUUCAACGUCGUCAUCAACAUGAUGGAUCAAGUGAUCAUGAUAUGGCACAUAAUUCAUUUUAUUCGCUAAUCUUAUUCUUGAUCGGUUUAGCCAUUUAUAAUCAUCGCCUAGUUUUGGAAUUUUAUCAUAAGACACCAAUUAAUGUGGCAGACAUUCGUCAAAUAUUCACCAAUUCUUCUUCAUCAAAUAAUGAUAACACAUCUGAUGGUAGCCAUUCUUCUUCAAGUAACAAUAGUAAAAAGAAAAUGAAAUUUAAGAAAAAUUGAAUUGCAAUUUUGUUGUUGUAUUUAUUAUAGUCU